CACCUAGUACGGCGCUCGGCGAGUCUUGGGGGGCUAGGCGCACGGGAUGAAAUGGACCCAGGAAGUUUCUGGGGGAGGCCAGGCCGAAGCCGGGUCCCCAGAGGAGUCCUUGGCAAGCCCGGAAACGGAGCAGCCGCAGGUCCCCGUGGAGGCGCCGCAAGCCGGGGUUCCCGACGGCAACCCGAGGCCGGAGCGGACCGGGAGGGAGGCGACAGACGCGGAGCUGCAGGUCCUCUCGGAGGAGAGGCCGCAGCCUCCGGCUCUGUCCGGGUCCCCGCGCUUGCCGCCGCUCAGCCUGGGCUACGGCGCUUUCCGCCGCCUGGGCUCAUGCAGCCGCGAGCUGCCGUCGCCGAGCCCCACGUGGGCCGAGCAGCCCCAGGACGGCGAGGUCGAGCCGCAGCCCUGGGCGGCGUCAGGAGAGCCCACGCCCGGGUCCUGGGCACCCGUGGAGCUGCAGGUAGACGUGCGCGUUAAACCCGUGGGCGCGGCGGGAGCCAGCCGCGCGCCCUCGCCCGCGCCGUCCACGCGCUUCCUCACCGUGCCGGUGCCAGAGUCGCCCGCCUUCGCCCGCCGCUCGGCGCCCACGCUCCCGCGGCUGCCACGCGCCCCGUCGCCGGGCUCCACGUGGGGCCGUGGAUCGCCGCUUGCCGCGCUCCAGACCGAGCGGAUCGGCCCCACCGAGGGCAGCGCGGUCUCCCCGGGCUCGCCCACCUGCCGCUGCCGCUGCCGCUGCCAGGAGCCCGGGCUGACCAAAGAAGACGCCGCGCUGCUGCAGCGCGCAGGCAUGGACAGCCAGAAACUGCCACGGGCCAUCACGCUCAUAGGGCUGCCCCUGUACAUGAAGUCCCUGCGCUGGGCUCUGGUGGUCAUGGCUGUGUUCCUGGCUGUCUGCACUGUCACCAUCGUGGCACUGGCCUCUAGAGGCGGAGCCAAGUGCCAGCCAUGCCCUCAGGGCUGGUUGUGGUCUCAGGAACACUGUUACUACCUCUCUGAAGAAGCCCAAGACUGGGCGGGCAGCCAGGCGUUCUGCUCAGCCCACCAUGCCACACUGCCCCUGCUGAGCCACACCCAGGACUUCCUAAGAAAAUACCAGAUCACCAAAGGCUUCUGGGUGGGGGCCCAACGAGGCCCUGAAGGCUGGCACUGGACUGAUGGGGUCCCUUUGCCACCCCAACUGCUCCCAAAGGACAGUGAGGACCAUCCAGACUUCAGCUGCGGGGGUUUGGAAGAAGGCCGGCUCGUGGCUCUGGACUGUAGCUCUCCCAGACCCUGGGUCUGUGCCAGGGGGGCCAAGUGACUUAGUGUCCUGUGCCAGACCUGU